CCCGCUCUCUUCUCUUCUCCGCCAUCCUGUGUGCGGUUGAAUUGGUUCCUCGCCAUGUCUUCUCGCAAGACUUUCAGGAUCAAGCGAUUCUUGGCCAAGAAGCAACAGCAGAAUCGUCCCAUCCCCCAAUGGAUUCACAUGAAAACUGGUAAUAAAAUCAGGUACAACCCGAAGAGAAGACAUUGGAGAAGAACCAAGCUGGGUCUCUGCGGAGCCUCCGCACAUGAGCUGGCGCACACAGUUAGGCUGUGUGGGGUCACUUCCUCGCAUCUUACCGUAUCUCACUGGAAACGGCACUGCCACAGUUGGCUAAGUCAGGAAAAGGGUUCUCUUUAUGUUGUUGUUUCUGUAUAGUGCUUUUCCUCAGUA